CCAGACAGUGUGACAGCAGAGGGAGAGGAGAGAGAGGAAGAAAAAAGGGAUGUGUGUGAGUGUGCGGUGAUCGGUGCUGCAGGUACAGUCACAGCCGGAGAUACAGCUUCAAGAGCCGCACCGGACCGCGGCAAGACCGCCUCGGAGCCUGCCUGCCCCUCUCUCUCCUCCUCAUUUCUUCCAGUAACAACCCUCCGCGAUGUCCGGCGGAGGAGAGGUUCGCGUCCUCCGCCAAGAGGGCGGCCAAGAGAGCCCGAGGAUGCCGGCCUGGAAGCGAGAAAUCCUGGAGAGGAGAAAGGCGAAAGGCGGCGGCAGCGGGGCUGGGGGAACCGGUGCUCCGGAGGCUAGCCCCGGGGGAGCGGGCCCGCAGCGGGUAAACGGCGAACUAACGGGGAAUGUGAACGGUGGAGGUGGUGGCGCGACCGGGCGGAACUACACCAUCACCCCGGCCACCCAGCACUUCUCCCACAACAAAGAGCCACAAGCGACGGCCGCGGCGACACCGAGGGAGGAGGGCAGACACGAGAGCCUGGUGCUGCAGGAGAGCCUGGGGCCGCUGGAGGAGAACCCGUUCAUCAAGCUGGAGAAGGAGCGGAGGAGGCGGCAGGAGCAAGAAAACGCCACCCGCCCGGUCCAGCACAUCCUGGAGCUGUACGGCAGUGUCCCCGGCAUACGGACUAUCCGAGCGGAGAACAUCAUUAUCAUCGAGUCGGACCCGGAUUACUUUCCGGAAGGUGGAGGCGUGAAAAGCGAGUGCCAAUGGCAGCAGAACGGUGUGAGUAGUUACAGCUCUCUAAACGACCUUCUGGACCGCAGAGGGAGUGCUGUUACCGAGAUAAGAGCCAAGGAAGUCGUCAUUUAUGAUACCACGUUAAGCAAGAGCGAGGAGAACCUGAGCACCCUGGGCCGUCCUGAUCAGGAGGUCCCCUAUAAUACAGGUGAGGGUCAAGGUAGGGUCAGCCGGAUCCUGCAGAAGUUUGACAGCAACUAUGGGAAGCUGCAGAAGAAGUCCCACAGCACAGAGAACCUCCUGGACCUGGAUUGUAGUGCCAGCAGUAGGCCAAGACUCUGGCCCAAGACGCAGCCAGAUCUGGUGCCAAAGCCCAGGCCGGGUCCACGGGUCAGCAGCCCGGGCAGUAGCCAGCCAUCUUCACCUGUCUUCCAGGGUUCCUGGUCUUCCAAACCAAAGCCACAGCCUGCCGUCUCUGGGCUGGGCAGCCCCCAGCGUUCACAGCCCGUGUCUUCCUUCCGUCAGCGCUUUGAGGAGAGUGGAGUCCACCACAGUGCAGCCGUCACCCCCAGAGAUGAGCCGGACAGGGGGACAAACAAGCCCACCAGGGAGAGAGACUGGGAGGCCGCUGAGGUGCCCCCCAAACCUAAGGUGCCAUGCUCUCCGGAGACCCGCCGUGCCCGUGCCGAGGCCCCCUUGAGCCCUGUCUCAUCCAAGGUGACCUGCUCCUCACACGAGUUUGAAAUCCAUCCCGCUCCAAAGCCAGACCUCACCCAGAUUCCUGAUGGCGACACCCAAGCACGGGCCCUCGCAAACCUGCGCCUCCAGUCCCGAAACUCCUUCAUGGUGAUCCCCAAGCGCCAUUUGGCUGACUCAUCUUCAACAAGUGGCCCCAUGGUGACACCUGGCCCCAUCAAGUCUUCCCCCUCACACAGAGCAGCAGAGGUGCCCACACCUGGAGUGCCAACCUCCCCCAUCCUGUUAAAGAAGAAGGAGGAGGAGAAGGAGGUGGAGAGGGUACCAAGGCCAUCCAAACCUGAACCAUCUCCUCCCACUGUUGCCACAAGUCCUGCUCCUUCUCUCUCUGAACCUUUAUCUCCAUCCCCUGCUCCCACUUCUCCACCUGUCCUCUCUUCACCCCCCUCUUCUCCAGCUAUCCCAUCUUCACCUCCCUUCUCUCCCACCCAGUUAGUGUCUCCUCCAGUGCGACCUCCCGUGGAUCAGCUGCCAGUAACAAACAUUGACGACAUCGAGGUGGAGCCCCCACCCCAGCGUGUCCCUGUUCCAAGCCCCUUGGUGCAGAGGAGGAAGGGGAACACCUUCACUGUGGUGCCUAAACGUCGGGUGGAGCCUGACACCCAGCUGAGCCCACCUGAGCCCCAGCAGGAAGCCCCGAGUGAAGCCCCUCCGGGGUCAACCCCUCCCCAGGCCCCCUACGCCCAGCUGGGUUCCCUGUUGAAGAAGCGCUACCCUGCUGUGGAGGAGAUUGAAGUCAUCGGCGGGUACCUCUCCCUCGCGAAGUCCUGCCUCUCCAAGACGGGCUCCACGGGCAAAAAGCUGAAGAUCUCCUUCAACGAGUCUAGCCUCCAGAGCACCUACGAGUAUCCAUCAGAAAGCAGCGUGUGGGACAGCGGGGAGGAGGAAGAGGAGGACAAACAAGAUGAGAAGCCGGCGGACGAACAGCCGAGCAUGGUGGGACGGAUCCACAUCCCUCGAGCCAGUUUGACCGGCUCGCCCUCCCACACCACCAACAGCAACGAUCUGUCCAGCUACAUUCCCAAGCACUCGGUAGACUUCAGCGCCUGGCAGGAGCACAAACACGAUGACGGCGUUAACCAGGAGGAUGCUGCCUCCCAGCAGACACAGAUAACUGAGGAGGUCAUGCUCACGCCGGCGGACAGCUCCUCCCUCACCGACUACAGCAGCGAGCCCGCUCUUUACUUCUGAUCCGCCUGACCAAUCAGCUGUACAGUAGCAUCGCAGCAUCUCACCUGUGGGACCAGACUGCCUCGACCUCGACACUCCAGCCGACUAUAAGCACAUCUUCCUGACCAGACAGGAAACGUGGGUGUUUUAUUUUUGUUUUUCUGGCUGAUUUCCUGCCACGGCACCGCCACACGCCACGUUACCAGCUGCACAUCGGAGCUGCCGGGUGGCUGGCGUGGUGUUCAAUGCCCACCUUCUUUCUGAAGCUGAAGCAACAAAUCCUAAAAAGAAAAGAAGAAGAAAAAAAAAAAAAAAAAAGCAGCUGGGCUGUCUUUCCCAACCCGCGAUCCUCUAACGGACAGUUGAUCUGUCAGCGUCCAGAAUCUUCCUCCUCGCCACGCUGUAGAAGAAGUUUUUGCUGCUUUCGAGGUUUAAAUUUAGCUUCGGGUUUUAUUUUAUUUUAUUCUUUUUGGAGGAUGUCGACGAGGGAAGGAGCCGACGGAGUUCAGUGUUAUCGUGGAAGCGUGUCAUUACAGCAGAUUGGCGGCAGAUAAACAUAAAAAUGGUGAAAGGGUGCCACAAUUGCAUUUCUUUGUUUUCUUUUUUUUUCUUUUUUUAUCUGCAUGUUUUGAUUUGAAUCCAGCACUUCUGUUGGUUCUGUCUUACUGUAAAGCUUCUCUAUGCCUUUUUUUUUUUCUUUUUUUCUUUUUUAAGUUUUGUAUAUUUUCUGGCAGACUAUGCUGUACUGAUUGAAGCUGCUGGAUAUUUUUUUUUUUUUUUUUUUUUGGCAAGCAAACUUCAACACGCUUCACUUCUUCACGUGACGAGGGAGGAAACAUAUGCACCCCACCCCCCAGGAUCAGUAGCACCUCUCAUUUCUUAUUAAAUGCUUGAUAAAGUGACCUUGGCCAACAAUGUCUGUAUGUCCGUAUUGCUGAAAUCACGUGUCCGUAUAUCCGCUCUGGAAAGCUGGUAGACCUCCCGAUGCCUUUCCUCAGCUCUUUGUGUAUUUAUUCCUGCUUAACGUUGAAGUUUGCAUGUCUGAAAUCUGCUUUGUUUUUUUUGAGGGGGGGUCGUUUUGUUUGUUUUUGGUUUUUCGUACAGAUGUUUGCUGGUGAGGGCUCCGAAAGAUCCCCGCCAGACCAGUCGGACCUCAUCUACUUUCACAUUCCACAGGGAAAGAAGGUGGUCCACUUUGAAGGCAACAGUGAUUGUGAUUGAUCAUUAAAAGGAAAAAAAAGGCGUUUUGUGAGAAAGAAUGAAAGUUUGUGUGUGUGUGUCUUUUUUUUUUUAUUAUUCAUAUUUUUUAUAUGCACAUAAUGCCAACUGAUUAAAGAGUUGCUGUAAAGGCCUCGCAUCCACUCUUCGGCCAGUAUUGUUGUACUGUCUCCACUGGGAUUCAUCUCUUCUGCUCAUUAUUUCAUGUAUUUUUUACAUUUUAUUUCUCCAAUCAGAUGCAAUUUGUUUCUUUGCCGUCAGGAGCUUUGUCUUUCUCUCUGAUGGAUUUACGAGUUUUAUGUUUCGUCCGGGAGUCUUGGUUGAUAAAUGUCUUUGCACUGUCAUGCUUUUAGCUUUGUUUUGCACCUCAUGAGGAAGUAAGAGUGGGCUGUAGAGGAAAUGUGCACUUAAAAGAACGAGAAGCCUAUAGACUGGUGACAGAUUAGAGGAGAAGGUUAAAAGCGUCUCAGUGACGUGCUUCCAAAACACGAUGAUGUCAUCUAACACGUCGGAGACUGUAGCACUUGAUUCUUAAUGAUGUCAUCCUCAUAAAUCCAUUCAGUAAGACUCUACCGGUUUCCUUUCAAGGUGGGGGAAGGGCAUUGUCAUUCUGGAAGAGACCACUUCCAUCAACCAUGCCAGCAAAAUUGCCCCCUGAGGGCAUAUAUGGGGUUAAAGGGUUCAGGCUUUUCCCUCAAUUUGUCACCAACCUAAAUUUGGUUGAAGAGUUACAUUUCAAAGAAAAGCCUGCCUUAAGUCUAAGUCAGGGUUUUGAUUGGGGUGGACUGAUAUAUCAGUUUAGAUUGCACUGACUGAUAUUUAGAUAUUCUGAAAGAAAAAAGGUGGGAAUAAUCUGUGCAUUUCUAAUUUCAAUCCCAUGGUUUCUCUUUUCAAUCGGCAUGAAUGAAUUAAAAUUUGAAAUGAAACUCUUCAGCCACACACGAUUGAAUGCAUCGCGAUGAACGCCAUGACCACUUUGUUUUCUUUUGCCACUCAAGUUUUUCAAUUGUUUGGCCUUGUCACUGUGACCAAAAACAGCAGCCCGAAGUGCAGUUUCGCCACACAGGUCCACAGGGACUUCAUCUUUGUCUGCCUACAAAAUCUCUCCAACCCCCUGCUGGUGUACACAGAUUUGAAAGAACCACUAACUUUGGAUGUUUACUUCAUGCGCUCAAUGUGACUGCUCAGCAAUGCUUCUGUUUCAGAAGACUGAAUGUAAUUUUUUUUUUCAAUAAAUUUCCUGUGGUAUGAUUAUCAGCUUACCAGAAAACAUCACAUUGAACAGUGAGCCCUAUUAUUGUUUCUCCAAAAUUUAGCAUGGCUGGAUUUGACCUUCAAUACAUUUCUCUGAAAAGGUCUCAAACUGGCAAAAAGUUUAAUUUGAAUCACAAGAUUAUGAGUCUGAUCCAGAGUUCCACACUCCAGCCUUUAAUAAUGAACACAUUUCCAUCUAUUGCAGUAUGCAUUUUGCAUGGUCUGGUUCAAAAUAGCUGGACUUCCUUUGUGUUAUGUGGCUUGACAAAGCCUCAGUUCCCAGUCAAGCGAUAAAAGCUUUCACAAAAGCAGUUAUCAGCUUCCUUUAUUAGUCCAAGUUUUCUGCUUCAGCCUGUGUGUGCGCUCACGUACAAGAAGGCAUUGGACACACUUUGGCUUUCAUUGUGCACAUAAUCAAUCAACUGAGCAUAUCCUACUGAUAUUUUAGAUAUGAAAAGAGAGAAAACUUACAAAAAGACCCAGAAGUCUUCACUGGUGCUGCUUAGUCAAGAGAGCCUUUCUGCAGAAAAUCAUUUAAACAUUAAAGAGUACUCGGCCUGAUGAAGUAAUAGAAGAGGAAAUCAGUUUAGCCUGUGGUCAGAUCAAAGGGAAAUUCAUUUUCCUGACUGAAUAUUCUCAGUGAUCAAUAGCCUAUAGUAAAUGUGUGUUCUAGCAGCUACAUUUACACAUUCAUAAAAACACAUUAAUGCACUUUUUCCAUCACCAACUAAAUAUGUGCAAAUUCCUGCAAGAAGAAAAUGCUCAAUUUGUGCUGCUGUAACUUGAAAGCACGGCUUCAUUCAGUGUUAUUGGUAAUAUGGCGCUCACAAGAUUGAAGGUGUAAAAUAUAUGAACUUGGAAUACAGAUAACCUUUAAAUUUAGUUUACCAGAUAUAGAUUAAGCCUAGUUCAAGACUGUAAAAGCAAAUUUAGCCCAUUGAACCUCCAUGCCAGGGAAAUCAAGCCUAAAAGUGAAUCAGUAAAUUCUGAAACCAAAACCCGUGAGGUUGGCUGCUCUGGAGCAGGUUAUGUGUCUGGCUUUAGUUACUAAAAGAAAGCCACCUCUGAAAACACUAAAAACUAUGCUGGAUUAUACCUUGCUAACCCAAUAUCCUCCAAUCCUGCAAUACACUCGAUGUUUCCCUGUCACUUGUAGCUGUGCAAACACAAUCUACAGAAACUCGACUACGGUGUGUAAUGAAGGAUCGCCUCAGAAAAAGCGAGGACCACUGAUUGAAACUUGUUGUUCACUGUGGUGUUUACAGAGUGCUCUAUCAUAUCAUGAGAGGAAAUAAAUGGAAACUGCUUGAAACACAAAAAUCUCGGGUAUGUAAACGAAAACACCAAAAAAUGUUAAGUAUGCUUGAUUUGUUGUCAUGGAGAUAAAUCCUCCAAACACACUGAUUAAAGGGGACCCAUAAUGCUCGUGUCCAUAUUCCUAUUCGUGGAACCUACCAGAAUAGCUGUGCAUGAUAGAGAGGUUAAAGUAAUUCUUAGUCUGAAAUAAGCUGAUUUAACUGCAGCUUACUUCUGAUUGGCUGCCCCUCACAAUCAACCACAGGUGGGAGGGGCCUCUGUGCUUGAGAUGACCAUAUUAGUGAUAUCCAUGCUUCUCUGAUAUCAAAUAGGGCCAAGAGUAGAACAAACUGCCAGAAACUGAGUGUUUUAAACCUAAACUUUUGUCUCUCAGAGUUUAUGACCAUAAAAGUAUUGUGGGUCCCCUUUAACUAAGCCCUGCUUGGACCUCCUUUGGAAUUGUGGCUAAUGGUCACAUGACACGCCUGUGGAUCCAUCAACCUGUGGUAACUGCUGCCUCUGUUGACCAAAACCCACUCUGCGGUACUCUUUUUGCUCUCUCUGUGAACUGAAGGACCAAACUGUGGGCAAACUUCACUCAUCUUGUCUUAAAUGGCACCAGCAAGAACUUUUCUGAUGGCCAGAGACGCAGCACUCAACUUUAGCGCUUCUGAAGUGUACACACCGACUCUUGCCGCAGUGUCCCAACCCUGUCUCUGUCUGUGCCCGAUGCAAAAUGAGCAGUUUGUGUUGGUCACUCUGUAACAACACUGUGGUAGAAAGCUUGCUCAUCUUUUAGUUUCCACCCUCCUCUCGUCUGUAAAUCUACAUCGCAGCAGAUGUGCUUACUGUAAAGUUAUUGUCAAUGAUCUGGGCAAGUGAAAAAAAAGUGAUGUCAUACUUGUACAAAUGAAAGCUCAAUAAAUAGAAGACUUGAAGAAA